CCUUCUCCUGCAUCUUGUGUCUUAGAGAGUUCAGCUAUGCUGAGCCCAAAGAAGCUUAUCAAGAUGGUGAGGAAGUGGCAGAAGGUGGCUGGUUUGGGCAGAACCAGGAGAAGGAUCAUGACAGGGAAACCUGACGACAGUGCUGCUGCAGUGGCAGAGUCAUGCAGUGCUCCUCUGGUUGCGAGCAGAGGUCAUGUCUUCGUGUACACGGCCGAUGGCAAGCGCUUCAUGGUCCCCUUGAAGUACCUAAGCAGCAGUAUCCUCAGGGAGCUGUUGAGGAUGUCGGAGGAAGAGUUCGGGUUGCCAACCGACGGCCCGAUAACAUUGGCUUGCGAAGCUGCUUCCAUGGACUACAUCAUUGCCUUGCUCCGAGGGGGAAUCACGAGCGACGUGGAGAAAGCCGUGCUUGCCUCCAUCGCCGGUCGUCGGUGCACGGUCUCUGCGGUUCCACGGGAACCCCAUCAACACUUGAUCCUCUACGGCUUCUGAGGCAGAUCUUACUUUGUUAAUCGUACUUUAUCAAGUCGAGCUGAACUGAGUAAAAUCAAUGUAUAUA